AUGAUUGUAAGACUCUUUACGAGCUUAUUGAAAAAGAGUUCAAAAACAAGUAUACAAGUCGCGAUUAAGACACUAAUAUCCACGAUCAGUAAAAAGUGGCAAAACGCCAAAAGGACUCAUGAUAUAUUCGUCAAAUACAACGACGAAUGGCUGGGCACAUCAUUCUGCUUCGUUGGAGAUAACGAAUGUGCUCCUAAUGAUGAUGGAUCUUUCCGAGAUUCUAGUGACCGAACAAAGCGAAGAAGGACAGAAGAAAUUCGGGAAAAAUACAGCCACGAAGAACUGGGGUUUGCCACGCAAAUGAGUUUGCGAGCCGAAGGAAAAUCCAACGCAGCCAAAGUCAUCAAGGACGUUAUUCUGGGGAGUCCAUCAAAAGCGACUAGGUAUCGAAAAUCAUUCGAAAAACAGGGUGAAAAAUUGUUCUCUAAUGAUGAAGCUCUUGCACUUUUAAUCGAUAAUAAUUUAUCUAAAAAUGAAUUGGAUAGUGAAAGUAGUUUAAAUCUUUGGUCCCCUACAACGCCUUCAAAUGAUUUAUUCAUCGAAAAAUGGAAAAACGAUGAGGAUCAUCCUAAUAUAUCUGAUACUAAGAGAACAUAUUCCCGAGAAGAAUUCCUACAUGAAGCAGCUGCUACUGGAGGUCCUAAUAUUGGUAUGAGGUUAAGGUACAAGGACAGAAUUAAAGAAAAAAGGGAAGAUUUAGCAUCGAGAAAAAGGUAUAAUGGCGAAUCUAAAGUUAUACCAUUGAUUUCCACCCUUUGUGGGCAACAAGAUGAUGAAUAUCAAUUAGGAAAAAACCGGUCACCGUCCAUUGGAAGUAAUAGUUCUAUUCAAAGUGAUAACGAAUUAUUAAGGUCUCAUUUAGAACGAAGAAACUCUUCCCCAUAUAUCUUAAACAAUAGUGGUAUGUUAAAAGCAAGUUUAACAAUUCCUGUCCAAACGCAAAAUAUAUCACAUCCAUAUACUGUUGAUGAGGAAAUACCUUUCAUAGAAGAAGUUGAUAAUGUUAAACAACAAUUUACAAUUGGUAUGUUAAAAGCAGCGAAUGGUUCUCCUAAAAAAAGAAAUAGUUCUAUAAGCGAAAGUGAUUCCUCUGUUUCAUCAAGUUUUCAGGCAACUACUGGAAUAAUGAGUUACGAUUCAGCAGUUGGAUCCUCAUUCGCCAUAUCGAGUCCCUUUCAGAAUACACGUAUUUCUUCUCCUACAGUUGAUCAGACAAUUUAUAGUUUACCCUCAAGUUGGACAUCAUCUCCCCCAACGUCACCAGAUAUGAAUAAAAUACCUAUAAACUACAUACCCGAUGAUGUACAUUGCAACAUGUAUCAAGAAGCAAAUAAGAAAACACUUUAUACUGAGACCAGUUUAAAUGUAGUCUCAACUCAUGAACCUAUUAAAAAUGAAACUUUGUCCCCAAGUAUUUCUAAUAUUGGUCAUGCUGUUCUUAAAUCAAAAACACAAGAUUUUGAAAAUCUUAUUAAAGGUAAAACUGUAAAUAAUAAAUAUAUUGAUCAAGAAAAAAAGAAGUACACUAAAAGACGUUAUACUGAUUCAAGACAUCAAACAAGGCAUAUUCCUGAUGCAGAAGACCUGGAAAUUAGUAGCCGAAAUGAUACUAACCAAACUGGUCAAUCUGGUGCAGUUUAUAAAAGAAGAGAAUUAAUUUCAAGUGUGCCAAAUAAUUAA